AUGGCUCCCUCCCCGGACGCCUAUUUUCCGUCCCUGGACAAGUGCUUCUCCGGGGACGCUCAGCUUUUAUCUUGGAAGGGAGCUUUUCUCUACUCCACUCGCCCCGAAGAUGUCGUCGAUGACACGGGUAAGCUCCACGCAUUUCUAUCGCGCCCAGAAAGCAUCCAGCUUCUUUCGAAUUGUUUGAACCUAUUCCCCUCUCCGUCUGCCACAUCCAAGACGGAUUUCGAAUCGAAAACGGCCGCGAUACACGCCGAAACGUCUGCGCAAGCAUCGUACAACUUAAAGGAAAUUAAAGAGGACGCUCUAUGGCUCAGUCAGAAAGCUGGCAUCGAUGAGACCAGUGCGCUUCGAAUCGCAGUUCUGGAAUGGCAAAACCGCCCUGCCACGCGACUACUUUCGGGGUUUGCGGAGGAAGAAACCUCAAGCUUGCAAGGUGCGACGGGCGCCGAAAACUUUCGAGUGUCUCUGGCGGGGCCUAGUUUCGCUGAGAUUCUGAACCCAAAUGCGGGUCCUAAGAACGACGCCUCCCUUUUCGAGUCAACCGAGAACCGGCGCUUACGACUGAGCAAUGUUUAUCUGCUGGAAAGGGGCCAUGUCGUCAAAACCGCCAGAAAACUUCUCGCCCUUCUGCUAAACAGUAAAACCAACGGCAAGAUUCCAGAGCAAGGCCAGGACGAGCGGAGUGCUCAGUUAUGUCGACUGGCAGAGACCAUCUUCAAAGACAAACUAUCCGGAGAAGGGCGGCGUACUUUUGUUCAGGCAUGCAUCAAGGCUAUCCGAGAUCGACUCACUGCUUUGGAGGGUGAUGGCGGUUGGUUGGGCCUUGCUGAGAGCAACGAAGCCACAGAAGACAUGUGGAGAACAACCCUUGUCGAAGAAACGCUGCAUAUCCUGCAGAUCCUGUUUCUACUGCUGCAGUCGUCCACUGAAAUCCCUGCGGGAGAACUUCAGGUGUCUUGGCUUCAGCUAAUGAGGGAUUAUAGCUUUUUGGAGCCCCUCCAAGUCCCAUGCAAAAAUCCAAUAGAGGUCCUGCUACCGCUCCAGGGCUUUGUAUGUCUGACAACGCUCGCUUUUCUGAAAUUGCCUCUCACUGUGCAAUCCAUCAUUGGCAAAACCCCGGCCAAUGACCCCAAACAGCCUCCUUACUUCCUCUCUAAAGAAGAGAUCGGUAACAUUAAUGCAAUUUUCGUUAACGAGGGUUUGGUUUCUCAAAUUGCCAACCCUGCGGCCUUCUCGUGGGGUUUAGUUUUACAUACUAUGAGGGAACUUGCUCUUACUGAUAAAGAAACCCGAGAGCUGGAGCAGUUCCACAGUGCAAUCGACUCUUUCCAGUCGAAUACACCCAAUGCCGGUGAAGGAGCUUCCGACACAUCUUUGUACGAGGAAUUACUCGACUGUGUGCGGACACCCAAAUUUACGGCGGAUGAAUCAAUCGAUAUACUCACAUCCGAUACUGUGAAAAACUCGGCGGUCGAUGCUAUUAUCUCUUUGGCAACAAGCCUUGGAUCUAUCUCAGCAGUUGAUGAUGCAUUGACGAAUCAGUGGACUCGAGCGGCGCUGUUAGACCUCGUUCGGACUGUCAUGAUCUAUAUGGAUUAUUCCCCCGAGGUUGUGGAAUCGGUGUUAGCAAUACUCUCCGGGCCAUCCGCAGAAUCUUCUUGGCUCCCGAAUACCCUCCCAACUCAGCCCAGUGAUCCACGAUCCAUAUUCAGAAAGGAUGACGUUCUGAUGAACAACAUCUUUCGAGUAGCACGUUCACGAUUUCCGUACGAGAUGGUGCCAUUUCUGCGACUGUGCAGAGCCCUCAUCAGCAAAGACAUUGUUAACGAAGAGGGUCUUCCCGACCUGAUCAAUGACUUGGAGAGCAUGGAAACAUUCACGCAAAUGGUCCCUCCCACCUUCCAAGGCUAUGAAACGAUUCGCGAAGACGAGAAUGCAAACCUCGUCAGACUUGCUCAGUCGCUCCCAAUGAUAGACUCAGCUGCUCAAAAUCAAAUCCCAGACUACCCGCCUAGCAAUGCGCUGGUUGUUACCGGCGCGUCUCAAGUCCCUGCCGCGACAAUCGGCCAGGUGGUGUCUGAAUCUAAACCUGCGGUUGUUAUGUGGCAGCACCAGUACUCUUGCCUAAGCUAUCUCGGAAGUUGGCUUGAGCAAUGGAAUGAAAGCGGGGGAUCUUUGACCGAAGGGGGCGAAGAUGCUAGCGCAGAGGCCAUAGGGUUGCUAGUAGAUCUUCUCGUCGCUACCAGGGAAACACAAAGGGAUAAUGAUUCUGGCGCCAAGAGAAUCCUGGAGCUUGCAAGUGAUGGACUAGCUCGUCAAAGCGAUAUCAUUUCCGUGAUCUUUGAGAUCUUCGAGCGCAACCUUUCCAGCAUGAGCACUAAGACUGGAUCGGACAGCGUUCUGGAAUCCACUAUAGCUUGUUUGCGUUUCAUUUGCGCGCUAAUUACGGUUCUACCCGGCAGGGUCUGGCCUUUACUUUGUCGAAGUGACUUGCUCGGUUCCGAUGGGAAGGGGGGCAUCAUGACCGUUAUCGUUUCUGGAUUAGAGGUAACGUCGGGUGAUUACCCUUUCCUUCUUGCCUGCAUCCGUCUAUUUGAGGCUGUUGUGGACGAUGCUGCCUCUCGUGCCAUACUGAGGAAGAGCCCUAAUACCAUGGGUGGCAAGAUAAUGGCUAUUUCUGACUGGACUUCUGGUGUCCCGUCUCAUAUGAUGAGAGGCGCUUUGCUCAACUUUGUCCGCCCAAUGGUCGAAGUCUACAACAGCAGCAUCAAUUGGCGAUUCAAUAAGCCGGAGCAGAGGUUUGACCUCAAUGCCACCCUAGCCAAGGCGUUCGAACGAAUUCUUUACUUCGUCUACGGGGCCAAUGAUACGUCUAAGCUUGAAACAAAAGCAACCGGCAUAUUCUCCUCCUCGGCGACUUAUCUACUAGACGUUCUUCGUCCUCGUUCCGCAGCCGACCUUCCAUUCAACCCAAUCCUUAGGCUUAUUGUUGAUGGUCUCCAAACACCUCCCACGCUAUACCUUCGAUAUCUGACACUGGUUGAAAGACAAGUUGUAUCAACUUUGGAGCUCUCAACCAGACUUUUGCAGGCAGCCCAGCUGGCCGAGAGUCCGCCAUCAUUGCUAGAAGAACAGCUGUUCAAGGCGACCCCGAUUCUUGUCAAGCUAUAUGCGCUUCAUGAUGCCUACCGAUUCCCGGUUAUCUCCCUACUGGUUACCUUGGUAUCGGGGGCUGCUCUGGAUCCGGCGAACGAACCACCGUCUUUGGUUGGCCAUCUAGGAGCCGAAUCCUGUUGCCUCUUCUUAGACGUCUUAUCCCAGUUCGACAAGCCUAUGAGUGAUCGAGGUUUGCAGUUGGCAGUGUGGCACAUGCUGUCAACUUUGGUCAGCAAGCGCCAACAAUGGCUUGCUGUCUACAUUCUCACCGGCUCUUCUCCUCGACAGACGUUGAAGAAGACGAUUGCUAGCCAGAAGGCCCCAGCAAUGAGAGGGGCGCCAUUCUUGAAGAUGGCUCUCGACAUGCUUUCCAACAUCGAACAACUAGAACCCCAAAUUUCACUCGCAUUGCUGGAGUUUGUCUCUCAGGCGCAAGAAAAUUGGCCCUGGGCAACCUUCGAACUUCAGAAGCAUUCGCAGUUCUUCAACAGCAUCGUGCAUUAUGUCUCUAAGCUAAACAUUUCUUCCUUGCCUGUGGAAGAGCAAAUCUUUGCCACGCAGAUUGCAGCCGUUGUUGCCGAUCUUUUUGCAGUCUAUCUCCACUCUGCCAAGGAGAUGCCGGAUCGAACUUUACACAAGAUGCUAAUUCCGUUGGUUUCCUGGUAUACUAAGGGUGCUGUCGAGGUUUCAAGAUACAAUGCAUCUCUACACGCAAAUUUGAGGAGGAAUUUCGAGAUGCGAUACCCUGGAUGCAAACUGACCGACUUCAAACGAACGCAAUUGCAGCCCCGCUCGCUAGGCAAAGAAUACUGCUACGACAUCCACUUGGGCGAGAAGCUUCUUUCGUAUGAUUUUGCCUGGGCAGGAACACGAAACCAGGGGUUUGCUCAGGAAUUUGAGCGGGCCAACCUCAAUCUGUCUCUAGUCGAGGCUCAAGUGCGUCUGCUUCAUAGCUGGAAGUUCUUUGCCACGGAGCACUGUGUUGAUUUCAUGGUCGACCGUGAAAUCAAGAGAUCGAUGGCCCUAGUUGCUCAGAGUUGCCUAGAAGCCAACACCGCCGUCACCCCCCAGGAAACAAUUUUCGAAAAGGUUCAGCAGACCCGGGUGGAUUUCGCCCAGGUACUGGUUCAGCGACUCGUUGAGACUGGAGCACACGGCGCCGAGGUCUUCGGCUUACUCGCGGUCGUCUGGGAAGCACUACGCAGUCGCCGCGCAACGUAUGAGGAGGCACUCAUUCAUGACGACACUGACUAUUACCGAUCGUUGCUCAACGUCCUAUUCCUCGCGCUUCAGUUCCAUCAUGACCUGCCUACUCGACCAGUCCCUGAAACCCUCAGCAAGAAGGCCGAAAUCUCGUCUGACCUAGGACUGGUCGUUGAAGUCGUGAAAACGGUGGUUGCUCAAGGGUUCAAAUCUUUGACGACGUAUUUGCACGAGCAGCCUGACAAAUGCACGCCCAAGGACUUUGCCAUUCUCACGGCCAUUUUACAAAGCUGCCUGCAAGUGAAGAACGUCGACCGCUUGUUUGAGCACAUUGUCUACCACAUCGCCGACAACGACAUAGCCCGCCAUGCGACCGCCUUGUUCUCGUGGGCCGAUCAGCUGGCGGUCGCCAGCGACCCCGUCUACGGCGAUCUCAGUAUCUCUUUCCUCGUCAAACUCUCCACCAUACCUAUGCUGGCUGAACACCUCGCCGUCGAGGCGAUCCUGGCCAGACUUUCCACAUGUCGGUUGACGAACCUCCUCCGACAACCCCAAGGUUUCGGACCGUUGGACCCCGUCCCCCGGAUCUAUUCGAUCUGGACCAACGGUUUCCUUCCGCUGUGCCUGAAUCUCCUCUUCCACGUCAUUCGCACGGCGCCUGAGGUUGCCGCAUUCCUCAACCAAUUCGAGGGCCAGCUCACGCGAGCCUCCGCGUCGUUUUCCGCCGGGCGCAAAGCCAUCUCGACGUCCACCACGACGCGCCACAAGAUCACCUCAAGCAUGGCGUCGGAGGCCUACUCGCUGGCCUUGAUCUCUUUCAUUCUCGGUCGAUUCCGCGAAGCCGGACCCAGUGCGGGCGUGGACGCCGACGCGAUCCAGGAUCUCCGGUGGGACAAAGCCCAGGUCAAGGAGGACAUCGAGGAGCUACUGGAGCGCCGAUCGAGUCUCCGGGGCCGAAUCGUCGCCACCAGCGACAAAGAGGUGGAAUUGCUACGACAGAAGCCGGCGGAUACUGCCUCGGGCGCGGAGAACCGGCUGGAGGAGAAGAUCGUGAACGAAUUGAAGGCGGCCCUGGUGUGCCUUGGGGGAGAGGAGGCGUCAUAA